GUUCAUCUCAACCACCAUCUCAAUCGUCAUCUCAACCACCAUCUCGACCGUCAUCUCAACCACCAUCUCGACCGUCAUCUCGACACCUUCGCCCGCUCCUCGCCCGGCUGCCGCGGUCAUGUCCACGACUCUGUCCCAGUCCGUCCACGGAGUCGCCCACCUCUUUGCCCUCCAGCUUGUCUCGAGACUCGGGACGUUUCUCCUGAACGUCCUCCUCUGGCGGCUGGCCAGCUCCAAGAUCAGCGGCGAUGUUGCUGUGCUGGAUCUGAUUUCUGCCACAGUGCUGUUUCUCUCCCGAGAGAGCAUCCGCAUGGCGCUGCUGAGGAGCACCCGAAAGCCCGACUUUGACCCAGCAAGCCCGCAGGCCCUGCUCGAAGAAGAGAGGCGAGUGCAGAGGCUCGUCAACAUGUCCUGGCUGCCCCUGGUCUUGGGAUCGAUGCUCUCAGCUGGAAUCUGGAUCUAUUCUCGAUACCGAAGCGUGUGGCCGUCCGAAGACGAUGGCUCUCGAGCGACAGCGACCUGGGCUUACGAUCUGGCCCUGGCCCUGUUUCUGGCUGCUGCCGUUAUCGAGCUUGCCUCCGAGCCUGUCUACAACCUCAUCAGCGACCGGCUGCUCUACCGGGCCCGGGUUCGGGUCGAAGGUGUCGGCUUUGUCGUCCGAUGCAUCACCACCCUGGCUCUGUUUUGGCUCUGGAGAAACACCGGCGACUCUGGUAUCGGAGACCGGUUCGGUGUGCUCGCCUCGGGCGUGGCCCAGUUCGCCUUUUCGCUCUGUCUGAUUGUCGGCUUCGUUGGUUGCUAUGCGACUGUGCCCGAGCUCUCCAAGCCCAAGACCCCAACUUCGGCCCAUUCGCUGUGGCCCCUGACCCCAAAAGCAGUGCCUGGCCCAAACGGCGGCACAGACGUCGCUCUCCUGGACCCAAAGCUCUUUGCCCUCUCUCUCACCUUCUUCCGACAGUCCUUCCUGAAGCAUUUGCUCACCGAAGGCGACCGCAUUCUCCUCUGGGCAAUCAGCAACCGCAACGAGCUCGGUGUCUACAGCUUUGUCGGCAACUACGGCUCGCUUGUUGCCCGCAUAUUGUUCCAGCCGAUUGAGGAAACCAGCCGGGCAUUCUUCUCCAAGAGCCUGUCGUCCGUCAGUGGAUCCGACGACCCGAACAUCAAGGCCUCGCUCGAGUUCCUGACUAAUCUCAUUCGGGCCUACAUCUACCUCGGACUGUUUUUCGUCGUGUUUGGGCCAAGCUACUCGGGCGCACUCAUUCACAUCAUCGGUGGACAGAAAUGGAGCUCAACCUCAGCACCCAGUGUCAUGGCAGCCUACUGUCUUUACGUCCCCAUCAUGGCACUAAACGGCAUCACCGAGGCGUUUUUCCAAGGCGUGGCAGACAAGAAUCUGAUUCGGCAGCAGAGCCACUGGAUGGUGGUCUUCUGGGUCGUCUUUUUGGCAUCGGGAUACACGACGAUCGAGCUUUUGCAGCUCGGCAGCACCGGCAUGGUGGUGUCCAACAUCAUCAAUCUGCUGAUGCGAAUCGUGUGGAGCUGGCGCUUCAUCGUCAAGUAUUUUACAUCCGACAUCUUUCGGGGUGAGGACAGUGCCAAAGAUGAAGGCAUAAAGACAAGACUCCAGUUCCAGUCUCGACUGAGCAUCGUGCAACUACUGCCGCUGGAGCCCAAGGUGCUCUUGGGAUUCGCCUUCUCUGCGGGCGUCACAUUCUGGUCCAAAACCCGAUUCGACUGGCUGACAUUGCGCGGCAAGCUCACGCAUGUCUCUAUCGGCGCCGCAUGCGCCAUAGCAAUGCUGGGUCUCAUCUUCCUCUCGGAGCGGCAACGGAUCCGGUCCUUCCGGGCCAUGUUCUCGAGUCUCAAGCGGGGCCGCAGCGAGUAGUCUGAACACAACCCCAAACGGCUCCGGCUGCUCGGUCUUGCUCGAACCGGGACAUGGCUCCUUCUCACGAAUGACGAAUCGCAUCUCUACUGCCAGGACGAUCGCAAAACACGAUCCGUUCGAUUGCUCCCUGUGCGUUCGGCCCUUGGUUCAUC